AUCCUUUCAAUGCACAACACCGUAACGUAACUAAACAGGGAGAGGACUAUAAAUGCAGAGGUUACUGGAAAGUUGAAAUCAGAUGGUGCCGGUCCCACUCCUCCAACCAACAAACCCGAACUUAAACCAAACUUGAACUGGUAGGUUUCGUGUGAUUGUUGCGUCGCGAAGCCAUGGCGGAUUCUUCGAACCUGAAAUCCGACGCGAUUAUGGAGCAGAUGAAGCAGCACAUCGCCACUGACGCUGGCAAAAAGCUCACGGAAAAAAUUGGACUCGUUUAUCAGUUUCACAUUGCUCCGAAGAAACUUGGAUUCGAUGAGGUCGUCUAUACCGUUGAUCUCAAGAAAGGAGAGGUCACCAAAGGGCCAUACGAAGGAGGAAAACCUGAUGCAACCUUUUCAUUUAAGGAUGAGGACUUUGUUAAGGUUGCCUUGGGAAAGAUGAAUCCGCAGAUUGCUUUCAUGAGGGGUGCGAUGAAGAUUAAGGGAAGUUUGAGUGCUGCUCAAAAAUUUACUCCAGAUAUCUUCCCAAAGCCUUCCAAGCUGUGAGCUGAGAUGCUUGAGCUGAGAUGCUUUCAACUACUUAAGAUUGUAAGAAUUAUCGUUUGAUGCAGUCAACCAAAAUAGAUAGCAUCAACAUUUCAGGAAUAUAAUUAUAUAUCUUUAGGUAAUACAUGGAUCAUCUUUACCAAGGUUGUAGGCGGUUCAUGAUUUUAAUUUUGUUCUGAAUAUUGAAGUAUAUUUACAUUGUCCCGCAAAUCUGCCAUAUCUUUAUUGCACUGUAAUUCGAUGUUUUAUGUAUGAAAAUAGUACAUCAUGCAUUGUUUACAACCACUUUUCUA